AUGGUUGGCCUCCCUAGCGAUGGGCAAUUGGUUGAUGCCCGAGGCUCUGGAGAGCCGCAGGGCGUUUCCCUCAUGUUUCAAGUCGCCAUCGAACGCAUCCUUGCCAACGGCACCGGGGCUGUCAGUCAGUCCAUCACGUAUCCCGCCGGUUUCGACCAGAACGUCACCACUGGUGGUGCAACCGUCGUUCUGGAAGCUCUUGAGAAGAUGGAAAAGGCGUCUUUGGCAGCUGUUAGCGGUGUCGUUUUCGUCGGCAAUCCCUACCGCAUUCCCGGCCGACGCUCGAACGUCGACAGCCAGGGUCGCCCCGAUAACCGCACUGCCUUCGGCCUCUUUGCGACUCAUGUCAUGCAGGCCAACCAAAGCAUCCCGACCUAUAACGAAGAGUUUGACCAGAGUGGAAAGGUCAUCGACACCUGUCUCGAGAACGACGUUGUUUGCGCGACGGAUCCCGAUUGUACUUGCCAGCUUGCAAGCGCCCACAUGUCGUAUGGGUUGAUGCAACCUGUGCAGGACUUGAUCGUCAGCCACGUCCUUGAUCGGAUGUAA